GCUUUGGCUCUGGCGCAGGGUGUUCAGGGAUAUCUUUUUAUGUUUGACUUGGACCAGCAACUGGUCAAGGGAGACGGGAGCUGGGGGAAACAGGACAAGAAUGCUGCAAGGCUAAUCAAGAUUAAGGUAGACAUUGAUGAGGUCCUGAGAGUCGAAGGUAUGGAUGAGGUCUUCACAGGCAGCCACAAUGGAUGGGGGGAGGAAGAGGAGGAACCAAGGCUACAUGUCCAUGAGAACAAAUACCGCCCACUGAAGUGCGGGUACCAAAGAGAAGUGAAGUGUCAAGUGACAGGGAGAAUACAAACAAAGGGCGCUGGGGGCGUUCAACUGGGUCUUACCAAAGUGAUGAGGGAGAUAAAGGCAGGCUAUGCACAUUGGUUCAUGUGCAGCUGGUGCAGCAUGCUGAUGCGGCCCUGGGGGCUGUACAGAGGUUGCGGGUUCGAGCCUGCAUAA